AUGAGUUCCUCUAGCAAUGGCGGCGUUGAGGCUGGUGAGCGGACCGCCCUGUUGGGUCAUAUUGGACACUCCUCUUCCUUCUCUGGCCUCUCGCCGCAUGAGCAGACGGAGCAUGGUGGUCACCACCAUCAUCCCGGGGAUGAUCGUGUCUGGGUGCGUUGGCCCAGACAGGUCGUGCGUUUGACCUGGUUGACUCUGGUCCGCGAUUAUGUGAACAUUCUUUUGGUCUUUGUUCCCUUGGGAAUUAUUGCGGGGGCGCUCGGUUGGGAUUCGAGUGCUAUCUUUGUGCUUAAUUUCUUUGCUAUUAUUCCGCUUGCUUCCCUGCUGAGCUUUGCAACGGAGGAGUUGGCUGCCACGAUGGGCCAGGCCUUGGGUGGUUUGAUGAAUGCUACCUUUGGUAAUGCUGUUGAGUUGAUUGUCAGCAUUAUUGCUCUCAAGGACAACCAGAUCCGUGUCGUUCAGGCCAGUAUGCUGGGUAGUAUUCUCUCCAAUAUCCUUUUGGUCCUGGGUUGCUGCUUCUUGGUGGGUGGUCUUCGUCACCGUGAGCAGUCCUUCAACAGUACCGUCGCCUCCACCAUGUCCUCCCUGAUGGCAGUGGCAUCCGCCUCGUUGAUCAUCCCAGCCACCCUCUACGCAGCCCUGUCCAAAUCCGAGCAAAGCGCACGUGACAACGUACUGAUUUUGUCCCACGGCACAUCCAUCAUCCUGCUCAUCAUCUACGUGAUGUACCUCUACUUCCAGCUCCGCUCCCACGCCUAUCUCUUCGAAGAGAGCAACGAUGCUGAAACUGCUGAGGGUGAGGAUGCAGAGGAGGAAGAGGAGCGUCUGCUCAACCCGAUUCCUGCCACUGUCGCCCUGAUCGUGGUGACUAUCCUGGUGGCUAUCUGCGCCGAUUACCUGGUCGGCAGCAUUGAUAGUAUCGUGGAAACGACUGGCAUGAGCAAGACCUUUAUUGGUUUGGUCCUGAUUCCGAUCGUUGGUAAUGCCGCCGAGCACGUUACUGCGGUGGUGGUUGCAUAUAAGGACAAGAUGGAUCUCGCGAUUGGAGUCGCCAUCGGCAGCAGCUUGCAGAUUGCUCUCUUUGUCACUCCCUUCCUGGUUAUCCUGGGUUGGAUUAUGAACAUCGAGAUGACUUUGCACUUCCAGACCUUUGAGACCGUCGCCUUCUUUAUUUCUGGACUGGUCGUGACUCUGCUGAUUCAGGAUGGAAAGUCGAAUUAUCUUGAGGGUGGCAUGUGCCUGGGAAUGUAUAUCAUCCUGGCACUGGCAUUCUUUGUCUACCCCGAUGAUGUUAGCGAGGGAGCCGGUGGUAUUUUCAGCAAGCUCGUCAACUGA